CGAGAGAACCCUAACACCACACACAGAGACCUUUGUCAUGUCAGACUAUGUGUGGUUCGAAGGGAUACCAUUUCCUUCUGUGGGUUUUGAAACUGAAACCCUCAGAAAAUGCUGUCAGCAGUUUGUGGUGAAGGAUGAAGACACAGUCAUAUUGACUUACCCCAAAUCAGGAACCAACUGGGUGAUUGAGAUUGUGUGCUUGAUAUGCACCAAAGGGGAUCCCAAGUGGAACCAAUCUGUUCCCACCUGGGACCGCUCACCCUGGGUUGAGACUACCAUAGGAUUACCAGCGCUAGAAAAUAAAGAGGGUCCACGUCUCAUCAGCUCUCACCUCCCCUUCCAACUCUUCCCCAAGUCUCUCUUCAGUUCCAAGGCCAAGGUGAUUUAUGUCACCAGAAAUCCCAGAGAUGCUCUUGUGUCUGGUUAUUUUUUCUGGAAAGAUACAAACCUUAUUAAGCACCCAGCGUCCCUGAAGGAGUAUUUUGAGUGGUUCAUCAAAGGAAAUGUGCCGUAUGGAUCAUGGUUUGAGCACGUCCGUGACUGGAUGUCCAUGAGAGAGAGGGACAACUUCCUGGUACUGAGUUAUGAAGAGCUGAAAAAGGACACCCGAGGAACUAUAGAGAAGAUCUGUCAGUUCCUGGGAAAGAAAUUAGAGCCAGAAGAACUGGAUUCAGUCCUCAAGAAUAGCUCUUUCCAGGUCAUGAAGGACAACAAGAUGUCGAAUUUUUCCAUGAUUUCUAAAGAUGAUAUUACAAAUGGUUUAGUACUUUUGAGAAAAGGUACCUCUGGAGACUGGAAGAAACAUUUUACCGUGACUCAAGCUGAAGCCUUUGAUAAAAUAUUCCAGGAGAAGAUGGCAGGUUUUCCUCCAGGGCUGUUCCCAUGGGAGUAA